AUUUCACAACAUCAAAGUGUCAUCAAAGUCAAUAAGGAUCUCGUUUAUUCCUGAGGAAAACCAAGAUAGUUGUACGGCACAGCGGAUGAAAAAUUGAAGUGGACUUGUACAGAAGUCAGAGGUAUCUUCACGCCUCGUCUUAAUAAUGCUUCGCAUCACUGCUAUCCUGUCAGGAAUCAUAGCAGAUUCAAAACGGAUACUUGAGCUGAAAGAACCCCUAGAGAAUUGGCCAUGACCCGGACAACGCAGGACAGCCAAACGGAGCUGGCAUCUAACAUCACCACUUUCGCCGUCAAUCUAAAGACCAGGGUUCUCGAGGCUGCUUCUUUUACCACAUUCUCGCUGGAUGAUGAGAGUGUCAAGACAUUAGACAGAUAUAUUGAUCUGCUUCCUCUGGAAUCUUCACAUGUACUGGUAUCAUCUUGUCAUGGGCUCGAUUCAGCAGGUACUGAACUAUGGAAUGCGUGCUCUCGUUUGAUGAGCGUAGGUGAUGGUGAAUGGGGACAGGAAACAUGUCGGUUGCUUAUUGGAGUGAAAGUCCUUGCAUUAUUGAUGCUUGAGAGCGCGGCGGCGAACAAUGGGAUCAAGGAGGGAGUUAAUCCCUUUUCGGCUGAGGAAGGAGAUAAAGACUCCAUGGGACUUUCAGAUACAGACAGAAUAAGGCUGCUUGAAGUGGCUCUUCGGACGGCUAGACUUUGCAUAGAAAUAGAGCAGUUUCCCAUCAGCUUAAGAAUUCUUGAGAUAGCUGCAGUGCAUGUGGAACGCCUUCACGCUUCUCAUAUCCAGUCUGGAUGCGGGAUCGGCAAAUAUUUAGUUCAAGAAUACUACAUACUUCGAAUUAUGCUGUAUUGGCGUCAAGACAGGCUCGAUCUGGCAGAACAUAUGUUCUCUAAGCUCAAAGAAUACCGGACACAUCACAAUCUGGAGGCGGCGGGAAAUCUUGCAGAUGCGUGUUACAGGAUCGGAAAGUGGCUCCUCUCGAACCAUGACCUUCAGGCUGCCAUUAUAUGGUUCGAGCGAGCAUUAGGAUCAGCUGGAGAUUCGCAAAUGCUUCAGCAUCAGGAGUGUGAUGCGAAUAGCACGCGGCUGGUAACUCAGCAGGCUCUAGUACGCGCACAUCUUGAGCUUAACACAGAAAAAUCUCGAGUUCGUAUCACAGAACUCUUAGCUUCUCUGGACGAGGAACAUGGUAAUGCAAUAUCGACUCUGAUGCUUAAACUUGAAGUUAUAGUCAGAGGGUCCAGUUUUGAUUCAAGUGCAUACUACGAUACGCUGUUGAAAACUGUUCAUACUCUACAGCCUACCGACAAGAAUACUGAAAUGAUUCUAUACUAUAUCCACAAGCUCAGGAACCAGAGCGUAGAGCUGUCUGCGGAAGCGUUUCGGCAACUGCUCGUACAGAAGACCAUCCCCACCGGGAAUAGGUCGUCGAUAGAGUCUGUUUUCCUAGGCUUACUUUGGUCCAUUGCUACAUCUCCAUCACACCUGCCAAACGGGCUGGACAUCCUCAUCGAUGCAGUGACAAAAACUAACGAGGGUUGGGGAAAACCCCUGAGUGCAACCUGUUCCCACGCUUCUUUGAUUCUUAUUUGGAAGAAGGUUGAUUUUGCAUCUUCCCAGGGAAAUUAUGAAGAAGCAGAGAGAUGGUCUCAGUUUGCCCAACAUCCGAUCUUCCAACAAUGCAAAGAAGUAAACAGGGCAAAGAUCAAGAGAAAGUUGAUGUUUUGUGCUCUCCAAAAUUCGAACGUCGUGCUGGCUCGUCAGACAGCCGAUGAACUGAAUCAGGAGGAUAAAUUGAAUCCUCUAACACUUUAUUUGAUGUACAACUUGUCUCUGAGAGAAAUGAAUAUGGAAUUGGGAGCCUCUUGUCUGAGAGCUCUAUGUGAGCUAGAGUCUGGUCGAACCUACAUCCUUGCCUGUAUUAUGGAGGCACAACAGUCUGGAAACAGACAGCAAGCGGUGGUUGCUUUAAAACAACUUCUAGAUACACUGGACCACAAUGACAGUAAACAAAUACAUUUACCAGCUCUAUUACGCUGCACAACACGUCUGCUUGCAUCUAACUUAGAAGAUGAGACACACGAGCUCGAAACUCCAGAAUAUUUAUGCCAAAUUUUCGAGAAAGCGGCGACACAGGCGACGGAAGAACACUACUCGUCCAAGGCAAAGACUUUCUCCAUGACCGAGCUCGAGUGGUUUUCACGUAAUAGCUACAAUCUGGCCCUCGAGUUAAGGCGUUCAUGGCCACUAGAUUAUAGCCUGAGGUUAUUGAAUGUCUCUGUAAAGCUUGUUGGCUUGUAUCCGAGAGAUGUUGAUCCAAUAGCGCAAAUCUAUGCGAGGCGCAUGCUAUGCGAAUUCCUCGCCACCGCGAUUAUAGUUUCGAGAGCAAGAGAACAGACAGAUUCUUCAAUCAAGGAAGAGCAAUAUCUUGACGUUCGGAUUUAUGUUCAAGGAUUCCGUAACAACAUUCAAUCACAACUGGACCGAAAAGAUGCGCCUGACCACGAAGAGUGGCUACAACGAUACAGAACAAUGCUCUCAUUCGAUUUUGAGGCGGUCAUAUAUAUGAAUCAAUUGGAGAGUCUCCGCACUCUGAUCGAUGAGGCAGGUACGGUGGCGGAUGGUCGCCUCUAUACGAUCUUUGCGGAUGCUAUAUUGUGCUCUCACAUUCCGAUAGAAAUUAAGUCGCAAGUCUUUGAGCAAAUGAUCCACACCAUCACCACAUUGCGCUCACCAUACCUAAAUACUGCAUUCUAUCAGAAGCUUCCCCGCUAUAUCCACUGCUUAUUCGAACUUGCACUUCCACCUACCAAAGCAGCGGAGCUAGAACCAGCUUCCUCUUUAAUCUCCCCCACUCUGGAAUCAUCCCCUAGUUCCAGCAACACCUUAGCCGAAUCGGUUCUCGAUAGAGCAUACAUCAUGGCGCGCGAUAUCCGACAUUCUCACAGGCAGGACAUGUCGUACCCUGAUGACGAAUUAGAGUGGCUCGCUACGAUGGCGUUCAAUAGAGCUGUAGAUUUGUAUCUCGCUUCCGCAGAUGAAGAUUCGCGCCGCUGGGGACGGAAAGCGAUCGAGUUAGCCCAGUUGGUGCAGUAUGAUGGAGGCUGCUUGUCGAGGUUACUUAAAGAUAGGUUCGAUAAAUUGUGGUGAGGGAGAACCCAUGGUUACCGGGGAUCGGGGUAUAAGACCAGACUUCAUAUUCUUUGCUGCUGCGAGCUUUGGCAUUCUCAAGGCCGGGUAUCAAGUAUUAUGUACAAUACUUUCUUUCUUAUGGUAAGGGUGUCUCCAGUAAUCAAGUAAUGCGGUUAGUUAGAA